GAGAAAGCUGGGUUCGACUGUACUUUAAAUGAAAUGUGGCUCCUCCUGGGCGUCAAGUAUUUUAUCACAAACAAACUCAGGCUUGCCUUCGAAGACAUCCAGUGGUAAAAUGUUUCAACGAAGCGUUACACAGGCUAUGCUGGAAGACCUGGACGAAAAUAAGUGUUCAAUUCUAUUUUUAACUCUAACCUUUGACCAGUACACCCGAGACGUUAUCGAACUUCUGCGGAACGUUUUGUCUAUUGAGGGCGGGAUUCCAAGCCAGUGCUGCUUCGUCCCGGAUGUUUUGAGCGAUUACCAGACCAAUAGAUUCGCUUUUAUUGAAAAGAUGACUGGAAAUACAAACAAAAUUCUACUGUUUGUGUUUCUAACUACAUUGAGUUAUGGUACUAAAGAAGAAAAACUGAUACAUGACUUGCUAAACCACUGUCUCUUUAAACAGAGAAUCAUUCCGCAAUGCAAGGUUGUCUUUCUUUACCUAACGGAUGACGACAGUAAGCAAGAUACAAGAUACCAUGGCAAGCAUAUUCAUCUGAAGCAUGAAAAUGCUUAUCAGAAUUUUCUCUCUGUGAUCUUGAGAGAAUGUGGAAUCAAUAUAGAUGAAAGAAAUGAGGACAGUGAAUUGCUUAAAAAGAAAUGAGGACAGUGAAUUGCUUAAAAGAAUGCUAUCAUGCAGUGCCUCAAAGCAUUUAUAUCAGUUGUUAUUUUACAAUGGCGAUAAGGCAGCAUGAGUAUUGUGGAAUAUCGUUUCUUACCUUGCUACAUCUGUAUUAUGUAUGUAUUUCAAUGUAUUUCAAUGUCUUUCAAUAUUGCUAUGAAUAUUAUAUGUAUGCAUUAGUUUUAACAUGAUCACUCCUUUCUUGCGAUAUCAUCAGUGUUUGCAUUUAACACUGGCAAUCACAAAAUAUUUACUGAUGUGUUCAUUUUAAUUCA